AUGUUGGGAGUAUUUAGCAGCUCAAUUGUGUUGCCGCCGAAAGAGCUGGUGGCGGCCGGAAGCAGGACGCUAUCGCCGAAGAUAAUGGCGACGACGCUGGUGAAGCGAUUUCUGGACAGCAAUCAAUCGGCGGUGUCCAUGCAGAUCGGAGACGAUGUUCAGUUAGCCUAUACUCAUCACAACCAGUCUCCUUUACAGCCCAGAUCAUUUGCAGUGAAGGAUGAGAUAUUCUGCUUGUUUGAGGGAGCACUUGACAGAUCAUUUGCAGUGAAGGAUGAGAUAUUCUGCUUGUUUGAGGGAGCACUUGACAACUUGGGGAGCCUGAAGCAGCAAUAUGGGCUAGCCAAGUCUGCAAAUGAGGUCGUUUUGGUCAUUGAAGCUUACAAGGCGCUUCGUGACAGAGCAAACACGUUUGUCGCUCAGAAGAAGAAUUUGAAGGUUAUUGAUGUCGAUGGCUGUGUAGAAAACUCCAGCGGGCAGCGAAGGUACACACACUCCUUUAUAUAG